ACACUGAGUGUUUUCUGUCAAUAUUAGCGGGACUACUUGGGGGGGGGGGGGUUAUAAUUGGACACGUGUUGCUCCCGCUUUUUUUUUGUCGUUUGGAGAUCAACUGAUUCCUUUGUAAUGCGUUUUUAAAGCGAAGGGCGCGCCACAAGGAGGGCUAAAGUGUUCUUAAGAGCUCCCAUUCAGCCUUUAGAAUUUGGCCAGAGCAACCCGCCGAGAAACAUGGAGGCCCUGGAAGUAUUUAAUCCAGGAGAUGCGUCUACGGGGCUGUCACACGGGGGAGAGACUCGGGCACACGCAGGGACCACUCACCAGCUCGUCGAGGGAAAGACCCCGGACCCUCUGUCGUCGGACCCCGCAGAUGUUGGCCAUCACCCGUGCAGAUUCUAUUUGACCCGUCUGGGGAAAUAAAAAGUGAAUCCUUUUAAUUGAUUUCUUCUUCUAUUUUGAAUAUGGAGGACAUACUUUUUGACCUCGACCACGAUGGCACCACCGAUUUCGCCUUCUGGGGACAGAUGGACCAGAACUUCCAGUUUCAGACCCAGCUGGACUCCUUCCUGCUGGACUGCAGCGCGGCCAGCGGCCAGCUGUCGCCCUGGUCCUCGUUUGGCUGUCAGUCCAUGUUCCCGGACGCGCAGUUGACCUUGACCGACCUCGACGUGCAGUCGCCGGGGUCGGCCGUCUGCGCGGAGGGGGACAGCUCCUGCGCCGACGAGCCCCUGGAGGUGACCAAGCGCAGGGCGCGUCGCCUCGUCGUGACCCACCAGCCCUACAAGGUGCAGCGGCACGCGGCCAACAUCCGGGAGAGGAAGAGGAUGCUGAGCAUCAACUCCGCCUUCGAGGAGCUGCGCUGCCACGUCCCGACGUUCCCGUACGAGAAGCGGCUGUCGAAGAUCGACACGCUGCGACUGGCCAUCGCCUACAUCGCGCUGCUGAGGGAGAUCCUCGUGUCGGGCUGCGACCCCAAGUCCUACGUGGACGAGUGCAUGAAGAACGGCUACAAGAACCAGACCAACGCCAUCUGGAACACGAGUGAUCUGACAGCCCGUCUCUCGUGGAUAAAGUGGGAUUAAGUGAAGCACAUGCAUGGGGCGCCCCGAGUGUGGAGGCGUCGGGCGUGGAGGUGGGUCCAGGUCCUCCCAUGCUGACAUCUGCAGACUUCUCACCGGGUCACACACAACUCGGGCUCCCUCGAGCCCAUCUAUAUUCCUCCAUCCUCCGUGGCUUUUAAUAUUCUAAUUCGCUGUCGACUGGUAAUUGAGAGCCAUUGUUUCCGGGGCUGGGGAGGGAGAGAGCGUGGGCAUUGUUUGCCCCAAAUGGAUGGCACUUGUACCGGAGAGAGACAGAGAGAGAGAGAUGGGGGCACACUGGCAUGAGACUGAAAGGACUUUCCCCCCGUGAGCUCAUACUUCUGCACGCGGCCCUGAAGUGUUUUCUGGACUGCGGCUCAUUAAGUCGAUGUGUUAAAAAAAGGGCCUUACUCAUGUAAAUGAGACGACGGGGCGUGAGAAGCAGAUUGGUGCAGUGUGUUUCAGCAUGUCAGGUGCGGCUCCCAGUGAUGGCGAUGGUAAGGUCAAUUGUUUUUCACGUGAAACCUCCGUCAUCUGUUCUUUUGCUAUUUAUUUAUUUAUUUAUUUUAAAUGAUUGCUUAUUUAUUGCCUAUUUAUUACUUUUAAAAGAUAUAAUUGUGCUGCUGUCUUUUGGGGACAUGUGUUAGGACAAGCUGUGCUGUUAUCCAUCGUUUCUGUAACUGGAAUGGGAGAUGCUAAUUGUGAUUUUCUGUACAUUUGAAGUCACUCCAUUGCCGUGUGACAAUUGUCCCUGUUUUUCCUUGUUUGGCUCGCCACACAUCACCACAGCGGAGAGUAUGUGCGUUUGUAGUCGCUGUUCUCUUCUCAAAAGGCCUAAAAAGGAAACCAACAUCUUUUCCACGUUGGUUUUAUUCGUGGUGAAUUUUCUGUUUUUUUCCUUGUGACGUCUUUGACAGGUGUCAAAUCACUCAUCAUGGACCGAACCACCUUUUCUAAUUCACCCGCCUGUUGGCUCGAUAUGAAUGUUUAUUUUUAUUCAUACCACAGGAGUAAGUUUAUCAAAUUCUCUGACACACACCCAUGAAUUUAGUCAGCACUUUAGAACUACAAAUGGUGUCAUCUGGAAGCUGUGGAUAUUUGGGAUCAUCUGUAUCAAAUUCUAUGGCAAUACAAUCUAUGUAAAAACUUUUUCACUCACAUGUCAGCAUCACAGCCCGACAGGGAAUCACCAGUCAUAGGAUUCAUCCUUUGCGUUGUACGUACUGUAGGUAAUUAAGUUUCAUGGCAAACCAUUCGGUUGUUGAGGCCAAAAUCCCUAAAAAGCCAUGUCAUCAUAGGCUGGAAUAUAAUGUCGACUCAAAAUAUCAAUCGGGUGCAUCAGUGGGUAAAUGUUUAAUAGAUCAAGUGGAAGAAUUUUUUAGACAAAUUCGCUUUUCAAUUCACCUGCUUCCUCUUUUUCCUCACACAUGCCAGUGUGACAGAGUCAGUGCGCAGAUUUUCUUUUUAAAUUUCUUUUCUUUGCAACGGUGUAGUUCCUCGGAGCCUGAGCUGUCGCCUCAGCAGACGCUGCUGCAGGUGUCGUACUGGUCCCAUGUGUAAAACAGGCCAAGGGAGUCAACAACACGCCCAUUCUUCUUCAAGCACGUGUUCUUUUAGUGCCACUAAUGGAGACCGGAGGAAACAGUCCGGUGAUGGGAUCUCCACGUAAGACAUAGCUCAUGCGUGAUGCACAGCUGACGUAUUCCUGUUAUGGGAUUUUUGCUCAAAUUAAAUUAGAAAUUAAAACUUUUUUAUUAUCUUUCUUCUUUUUUUUUGGUUUUACCUGCAAUGUUUUGGCACACGUCCUUUAUUUUCCAUCUGAGACGGGAAGAAAUAAACCGAGCUGUAUGACUCCUCCGCGAGGGUGGACUGAAAUUGAACCGACACAGAGAAAACAAACAUGUCACACACUUCUAUUUUGUCCCAGUGUGUGUGUGUGUGUGCGCGCGCAUGUGUGUGAGAGGCCAAGAACUAGUGUUUGACUGCUGUGUUUCACAGGCGUCACACAGAUGUUGCCAUGGCCCCUUCCACGUUCUGUGCACCUGUCUGAUGUAAAUGCAGAGACAGACACCCUGCAUCAUGUGAGACAGGGUUUUUGUGGCUGUGCUGAACAACAUGAUUUGAUAGAAGAAUAAAUAAAUGAAUAGAAUAGAAAAUUAAAAAUUGUCGAAUUUUACUUGGACCUUUAAAGUUUUGUAUAAAUGUAGUGAUCACCCAAUGACAAGUGACCUUUGAUUUCCUACUGACCCCUGUGUCCCCCUAGUGGUAUUCACUAGUGCGAUGCUUUGUGUUGCAUUCAAUAGCUUCAGAGGCUCAACAAGGGUUUAUCAAUAACUGUUGUGACAAUGUUUGACAGCAGUGCAUGGUGGUUGUACUGUAUCCUUAGUUUGAAAAGCAGGGACAAAUACAAUUUGCAUUAAAGUGACACUCUUUGUUGCUGGACUGGCACAAUAAACCAACUCUAAACUCAAAUAAAA